CUCAAAGAAGCCCAGUCCGCUAAAAAAUCCAGUGAAGUUUUACCUCUGUAACUGAAUCAGCUUCUGCUGAAGACAAACGCCAUUAAUGGUUUUUACCUUCAAUCCUUUUACACCGAGCGGGCAGUCUUCUCUCCUCAACAGUCAAAACUCAAAAGCAAAGCUUCCCUUCCACGCUCUCCGACAAAUGCUUCAGGAAGGAUCGCAACCGCCAUCCCUCCAAAUCUCUCGAUGACUCUCUAACUGUUUUGAUCCUUCUCUCCUGUCCGCCAUCUGUGUCACCGUGGCCGGCAAAUUAUGGCAACUUACCGCCGGGCGAAGCUCGCUCUCGACGCCUUCCGGAGAUUCUCUUCCAAGACCGCCGCCGAUGCCGCUCACCGGCCGUCAUUUCAAGAUUCCGCUUCCAGAAUCCACCGCACCGCUGCUCCGAAUCCAGCUAAGUUCUCGACCUCGCAUCCUUGCUCUUCCCUUCGUGAAAGUUUCAGCUUAGGGUUAGGAUCAAGAACAUUACAAUCCUCGGCCGCAAGGCGGGGAAUCGUGAUUCCCAACCACAAUCCUUUCGGCGGCGGCGGGGCUAGGCGGUUCUACUAUGUGGAUCCCCGCCAGGUCCAGCAUUUCAAACCUAGGGGAUACCGGCGGUGGCUCCGGAACCCCAGGAAUGUUCUGAUAGUCGUUCUGGUGAGCUCCGGCGUUGUAAUCACAGUCUAUUUCGGUAACCUCGAGACCGUUCCCUAUACCAAGAGAAAGCAUUUCGUGCUGUUGAGCAGCGAUAUGGAGAGGAAGAUGGGCGAGUCUCAGUUUCAAGAACUCAAAGGCUCGUUCAAGGGCAAGAUCUUGCCUGCGAUUCAUCCUGAUAGUGUUAGAGUCCGUGUGAUUGCCAAAGAUAUAAUCGAGGCUUUGCAAAGAGGGGUGAGUCACGAGCAAGGGUGGAAAGAGUUGGGCUAUGCUUCCACCGUCGAUGGUGCUGAUGCAGCUGCAGGGCGCAGUGGGCGAGCUAGGGAGACUCAUAAGAUGUUGAGUGAGGACGAAGGGAAACCGGAGGCUGAUUGGGGGAAUCAGGACGAGAUUCUUGAUGAUAAGUGGGUGGAGAAUACUAGAAAGAAGGGAAGGAAAGCUGGAACUUCGCAUUUGGAUGGACUAAACUGGGAGGUUGUGGUUGUUGAUCAGCCCGUCGUCAAUGCUUUCUGUUUACCGGGUGGAAAGAUUGUUGUUUUCACCGGUUUGCUUAAGCAUUUCUCAAGUAAUGCUGAGAUAGCCACGAUUAUAGGCCAUGAGGUUGGGCAUGCUGUGGCGAGACAUGGAGCAGAGGGGAUCACUAAGAAUUUGUGGUUUGCAAUUGUGCAAAUUGUUCUUUUCCAGUUCAUUACGCCGGAUCUUGCCAACACAAUGUCCACUCUCUUCUUGAGGCUUCCAUUUUCUCGAAAGAUGGAGAUCGAAGCUGAUUACAUAGGUCUACUGUUGAUGGCCUCUGCUGGAUACGAUCCCCGCAUGGCGCCAGGUAUAUAUGAGAAACUGGGGAAGAUCGGCGGGGAAUCCGCACUGAGAAACUAUCUCUCUACUCAUCCAUCAGGGAAGAAAAGGUCACGGUUGCUAGCACAGGCACAUGUGAUGGAGGAGGCACUCAAUCUGUACAGGGAAACAUUGUCAGGGCGUGAGGUUGAAGGCUUCUUUCUGUAGGCUCACAACACGGUAUGGUGGUGGCUUUCACAUUGGGAUAAAGUUUGAGUUCUGUUUCUGGUUCAUGGCUUAUCAACUGAGCUCAAAUUCAAUUGGAAAUCGCUAUCCCUAACGCAGGCCGUCAGCUUAGUCGCUUGUAGUUGUAACUUGUAAGAACUAAGAACAAGUGCCGACUUGGAUAUUGUUUAUUUCGUUUCCUUGGGCUCGUAGUCGCUUUACCGUGGGCCAAAAAAUGCACGGUUCCAGCCUUUUUAAAAUUACUAGAAUUAAUACCCGUGGCUGUGCCACGGGGACCAAAGUUGCAUCAACAUAAUCGUAUGGUGGGCAGUUUAGAUGAUGACAAACUGGAAUCGUUGUAUUAUUGGCAGUGGUGUAGUUUUAGAGUAUUGGAAGUGUGUUCAUGGGACCUUUGUAUGUUGAGUUUCAUAGUUAAUUAGCAUGUUGACGUACAUCUUUGCUAUUGAGUUCCA